CGCGGCCGCGCCACCAUGGAGGAGCCCGGCGGCAGCAGCGGCGACCCCGGCGGGGACGGCGCCCACCCCGACCCCCGCGGGCCCGGCGCCGCGGCCCCCGCCGCCGGCCCCAGCGCGGCCGCCCGCGAGUCCGAGCGCCAGCUGCGCCUCCGCCUGUGCGUCCUCAACGAGAUCCUGGGCACCGAGCGGGACUACGUGGGCACCCUGCGCUUCCUGCAGUCGGCCUUCCUGCAGCGCAUCCGGCAGAACGUGGCCGACUCUGUGGACAAGGGCCUCACGGAGGAGAACGUCAAGAUCCUGUUCUCCAACAUCGAAGACAUCCUGGAGGUCCACAAGGAUUUCCUGGCCGCCCUGGAGUACUGCCUGCGCCCUGAGCCGCAGUCCCAGCAUGAGCUGGGGAACGUUUUCCUGAAAUUUAAGGACAAGUUCUGCGUGUAUGAGGAGUACUGCAGCAACCACGAGAAGGCUCUGAGGCUGCUGGUGGAACUCAACAAGAUCCCCACUGCACGGGCCUUCCUUCUGAGCUGCAUGUUGCUGGGAGGCCGGAAGACCACGGACAUCCCACUGGAGGGUUACCUGCUGUCCCCGAUCCAGCGGAUCUGCAAGUACCCACUCCUACUCAAGGAGCUGGCCAAGAGGACCCCCGGCAAGCACCCGGACCACCCCGCAGUGCAGAGUGCCCUGCAGGCCAUGAAGACGGUGUGCGCCAACAUCAACGAGACCAAGCGGCAGAUGGAGAAGCUGGAAGCGCUGGAGCAGCUGCAGUCACACAUCGAGGGCUGGGAGGGCUCCAACCUCACGGACAUCUGCACCCAGCUGCUCCUGCAGGGCACCUUGCUGAAAAUCUCUGCGGGCAACAUCCAGGAGCGAGCCUUCUUCCUCUUUGACAACCUCCUCGUCUACUGCAAGCGGAAAUCCAGAGUCACUGGGAGUAAGAAAUCCACCAAAAGGACCAAAUCCAUCAAUGGCUCCCUGUACAUCUUCAGGGGUCGAAUCAACACUGAAGUUAUGGAGGUGGAGAACGUGGAAGAUGGGACAGCCGAUUACCACAGCAAUGGCUACACCGUCACCAAUGGCUGGAAGAUCCACAACACCGCCAAGAACAAGUGGUUUGUCUGCAUGGCCAAGACGGCGGAAGAGAAACAGAAGUGGCUGGACGCCAUCAUCCGGGAGCGGGAGCAGCGUGAGAGCCUGAAGCUGGGCAUGGAGCGCGAUGCCUACGUCAUGAUCGCAGAGAAGGGGGAGAAGCUGUACCACAUGAUGAGCAAGAAGGUGAGCCUCAUCAAGGACCGGCGGAGAAAGCUGAGCACCGUGCCCAAGUGCUUCCUCGGCAAUGAGUUUGUUGCCUGGCUCCUGGAAAUCGGUGAAAUCAGCAAGACAGAAGAAGGGGUCAACUUGGGCCAAGCCCUGUUGGAGAAUGGUAUUAUCCACCAUGUGUCCGACAAGCACCAGUUCAAGAACGAGCAGGUGAUGUACCGCUUCCGCUACGACGACGGCACCUACAAGGCCCGCAGUGAGCUGGAGGACGUCAUGUCCAAGGGUGUCAGGCUCUACUGCCGUCUUCACAGCCUCUACACCCCGGUGGUCAAGGACCGCGACCACCACCUGAAGACCUACAAGUCUGUGCUUCCGGGCAGCAAGCUGGUGGACUGGCUAUUGGCACAGGGGGACUGCCAGACGCGGGAGGAAGCGGUGGCACUCGGCGUGGGCCUGUGUAACAACGGCUUCAUGCACCAUGUGCUGGAGAAGAGCGAGUUCAAGGACGAGCCACAGUACUUCCGCUUCCACGCCGAUGAGGAGAUGGAGGGGACCGGCAGCAGGAACAAACUGCUUCGCAAUGACUUCAAGCUGUUGGAGAACAUUCUGGCCAAGCGGCUGCUGAUCCUGCCCCAGGAGGAGGACUAUGGCUUUGACAUCGAGGAGAAGAACAAGGCUGUGGUGGUGAAGUCGGUGCAGAGGGGCUCCCUGGCUGAGAUGGCCGGUCUGCAGGCAGGCAGGAAGAUCUACUCCAUCAACGAGGACCUCGUGUUCCUGCGUCCCUUCUCGGAGGUGGAGACCAUCCUGAACCAGUCUUUCUGCUCCCGCCGCCCGCUGCGCCUGCUGGUGGCCACCAAGGCCAAAGAGACCAUCAAAGUCCCCGACCACCCAGAGGCCCUGAGCUUCCAGAUCCGAGGGGCCUCCCCACCCUGUGUCUAUGCAGUGGGCAGAGGUUCCCCGUCCCUGGCCGCAGGGCUCUGCGCCGGCCAGUGCGUCCUGAAGGUCGACGGCAGCAGCGUGGCGAGCGGGGGUGCCCUGGAGGUCCUGGAGCACUUCCAGGCCUUCCGCAGCCGGCGGGAAGAGGCCCUGGGUCUGUACCAGUGGGUCUACCACACCCCCGAGGACGCCCAGCAGGCACGGGCCAGCCAGGAGACCCCCGAGGACCCUGGCAGUCAGGGUGCCAGGGAGGAGGACCAUCCCGACCCAGCCCUUCCCCUGCUGUCACUGGGCCCCCAGCUGAGCCUGCGCGAGGACGGCCCCGUGGUCAGCCUGACGGUGGACAACGGUCCCCUGGAGCACGGCGUGGUGUACGAGUACGUGAGCACGGCGGGCGUGCGGUGCCACGUGCUGGAGAAGAUCGUGGAGCCCCGGGGCUGCUUCCGCCUGGUGGCCAAGGUCCUGGAGGCCUUGGCGGCCGCGGACAGCACCUUCGUGCAGAACUGCGGGCGCCUCAUGGCCAUGAGCGGCGCCAUCGUAACCAUGUCCCACUACGAGUUCCGCCACCUCUGCGACACCAGGCUGGAGAGCGUGGGCCGCAGGAUCGCCUGCUACCGGGAGUUCGCAGCCCAGCUGAGGAACAGGGUCAGCCCCCCCUUCAAGCAGGCGUCCCCCGACCCCCACCCGCUGUGCGGCCUGGACUUCUGCCCCACCAACUGCCACAUCAACCUCAUGGAAGUGUCCUACCCCAAGACCACCCCCUCGGUCGGCCGCUCCUUCAGCAUUCGCUUCGGCCGCAAGCCCUCCCUCAUCGGCCUCGACCCGGAGCAAGGACACCUGAACCCCAAGUCCUACACGCAGCACUGCAUCACCACCAUGGCUGCCCCUUCCUGGAGGUGCCUGCCCACUGCUGACGGCGACGCCCUGGGCCUGGGCGCCAGCAGCCCCGAGGAGCGAGGCUUGAGCUUCCUGCUGAAGCAGGAGGAGCGCGAGGUGCAGGACGCCUUCCUGCAGCUCUUCACCAAGCUGGACGUGGCCCUCAGGGAGAUGCGGCAGUAUGUCUCCCAGAUCAACAGGCUGCUGUCCACCAUCACGGAGCCCACCUCCCUGGGGGCCUGCGACGCACCGCUGGCUGAGGGGGCCUCGUCCUCGUCCUCCCCGCUGGUGAGCGAGGAGAGCGAGGCAGACAGGACUGACCACGGGGGCAGCAAGAAGGUGUGCUUCAAGGUGUCCGAGGAGGACCAGGAGGACUCGGGCCAUGACACCAUGAGCUACCGCGACUCCUACAGCGAGUGUAACAGCAACCGGGACUCGGUCCUGUCUUAUACCAGCGUGAGGAGCAGCAGCUCCUACCUGGGCAGCGACGAGAUGGGGUCGGGGGACGAGCUGCCUUGUGACAUGCGCAUGGCGUGGGACAAGCAGGACAAGCUGCAUGGCUGCCUGGAGCAUCUCUUCAACCAGGUGGACGCCAUCAACGGGCUUCUCCAGGGCCCGGUGAUGAGCAGGGCCUUCGAGGAGGCCCGGCACUUCCCCAUGGAGCACAACCUGCAAGAGUUCAAGCAGAAAGAAGAAUGUAUGAUCCGUGGGCGGAGCCUGAUCCAGACCAGCAUCCAGGAGGACCCCUGGAACCUGCCCAGCUCCAUCAAGACCCUGGUGGACAACAUCCAGAGAUACGUGGAAGACGGGAAGAACCAGCUACUCCUGGCCUUGCUGAAGUGCACAGACACAGAGCUGCAGCUGCGCAGGGACGCCAUCUUCUCCCAGGCCCUGGUGGCCGCCGUGUGCACCUUCUCCGAGCAGCUGCUGGCCGCCCUCAGCUACCGCUACAACAACAACGGCGAGUACGAGGAGAGCAGCCGUGACGCCAGCCGCAAGUGGCUGGAGCAGGUGGCAGCCACUGGCGUCCUGCUGCACUGCCAGUCGCUGCUGGCGCCAGCCGCGGUGAAGGAGGAGCGGAGCAUGCUGGAGGACCUGUGGGGGACGCUGUCAGAGCUGGACAACGUCAGCUUCUCCUUCAAGCAGCUGGACGAGAACUGCGUGGCCAACACCAACGUCUUCUACCACAUCGAGGGCAGCCGGCAGGCGCUGAGGGUGGUCUUCUACCUGGACAGCUUCCACUUCUCCAGGCUGCCGUCCCGCUUGGAGAGCGGGGCCAGCCUCCGGCUGCACACCGUGCUCUUCACCAAGGCUCUGGACAACGUGGAGGGGCCUCCACCUCCAGGCAGCCAGGCGGUGGAAGACUUGGAGCAGGAGAUCAACGCCCAGUCGCUGGACAAGGUGCAGCAGUACUACCGCAAGCUCAGGGCGUUUUACCUGGAACGGUCCAACCUGCCCACCGAUGCCAGCACCACAGCAGUCAAGAUCGACCAGCUGAUCCGGCCCAUCAACGCCCUGGACGAGCUCUGCCGCCUCAUGAAGUCCCUGGUGCACCCCCGGCCCGGUGCCAGCGGCAGCCCGGGCGCCAGCCUCAUCCCCAUCUCCUCGGAGCUCUGCUACCGCCUGGGGGCCUGCCAGAUUGCCAUGUGCGGCACGGGCAUGCAGCGGAGCACGCUGAGUGUCUCGGCAGAGCAGGCGGCCAUCCUGGCACGGAGCCACGGGCUGCUGCCCAAGUGCAUCAUGCAGGCCACGGACAUCAUGCGCAAGCAGGGCCCCAGAGUGGAGAUUCUGGCCAAAAACCUCCGCAUCAAAGACCAGAUGCCCCGGGGGGCACCGCGCCUCUACCGCCUCUGCCAGCCUCCGGUGGAUGGAGACCUCUGAACACCGAUGUGCCACGUGCUCAGCCACGGCCUCUGCCGCUGCCACGUGGGAGGGGCCAGCGGCCGCAAGGCCUGGGGCGGAGACGGCCGAGGCUCCCGCCCAGCCUCCUCCAUGCACCUUCGAGGACAGCGGGAGCCAUGCCCGUCGAAGGACCCCGUGCAGCACUUCUUCCACACUUGUUCCGGGAGCCCAGGGAGGCUGAGCUGACAGCUCAUGGGUGCCUGGCCCCGGGCGUGGAGGCCCACAGGCCCGGCUCCCUCCGGGAACUCAGCCUGCACUUUGGAACGCUGGUCCUUCAGCCUUCACUCCGAGGGACCAAGCUUUCUCCUUCCGCCCUGGCCUCCAGCCGCGCCCCUGGCCCUGUACUAACCCACCGGGCACACAUGGGGAGCCGGGCCUCUGCCAGGAAAGAUUGGGACUGGGGACAGGGGCCUGGUACCCAGAGGACACAAGAGCCCACCAGCCUUCAGUGUCCCCACAGCUGGUGGAACUGGAGCCAUCAGCCCCGAGCACAGGAUUGGCUCCGACUUUAUUUAUAUGGCGUGACAUCCCGAGAUUUAUACCGAGGUUUUUGUUGUUACCUAUCGAUGUUGUCAAAGACUUUUUUUUCUAAGGUUGUAUGAUUCUCUCUUUGACAUUUUACAUUUGAAAGAAAAAGCCUAUUGUCUUAGUGGGACCAAUGCUCAGUCGCAUUGACAGCUUCUCCCAGUUCUACUAAAAACAAAAGAACACAAACUAAAUUAUUGAAAAAUGUGAA